UCCAGCAAUUCGCAGUGAUGAUUUAAAUUGAAAUUUCAUCAUCGAUUAAUCAUCAAAAUAUUUUACACAUAUCUUGAUCUUUAACUUGUGAUUUUCAUUUGAUUCGAUUUGAUACAGCCAAAAUGACGAAUCAUCAUCAAUUGAAAUGUCAAAUUAUUAUCACCUAUUUGGUGAUGAUCAUUUUGAUUGUACGGGCAAAUCCGUUGAUUAAUUCUUGUCAUAAUGUUCGACAAUUGUAUCAAUUAUCGAUUCAUAAUAAUAAUAAUCAUCAUCAUCAAUCAUCAUUAUCAUCAAAAUCAUCGAUCUCAACAAUCAUUAAAUUGUGCUGCAAGUGCCAAUCCAUCCAGUUGUUGUUAUGGUCUGGAUGAUGCAAUCGCUACAAAAGCUUAUAAUGAUUUUCAUUCGGAUAUUGAAAAAAUUAUGAAAAUAUCAACAUUUGAAAAUCAUUUCAUUCAAUAUUAUAAUCGUAUCUAUUGGAAAUUGGAUCAAAUUCUCAAUGAUACCAUCACGGAUAUUGAUGAAUAUUUUGGCCGCACAAAAACAAAUCAACAACAAGAUCAUCGUAUUGUAAAAGCUAAUCGUAAUCUGAUUGAAUUUAUUCGCAUGGUAAUAUUUGAAUCCCGACAUCAUACACCAAUUCAAUUGAAUGAUCAUGUGGAUCAUUUAUUGGAAGCGAUUUUCAUCGAUAUAUUACAACAGCCACAUCAGAAUAAAUUUCCAAAUGAAUAUGAAUCAUGUCUAUUGGACACAAUGAAAGAUUCAGAUAUUCUAAGUAAAACACGUGAUGAAAUGUUGUUCCGUUUUAGUCGUACAAUUGAUACGGCAAGCCUGAUUGUACAUUCAUUACAAAAUUCAUUACAAUUAAUCAAUCAAACGAUUGAGAUUAAGACAAUCAACAAACCGGAUUGCAUACAGCGAUUAUCACGAACAUUUCAUUGUUAUCAUUGUACAGCAACAACAACGGCAACAAAUUGGCCAUCGAUAAUGACAGCAACAUCAUGUUCAUCAUCAUGUUAUGAAACAAUCAACAAUUGUUUAGAUCAAACAAAUAUGGAAAGAUUAGAUUCCACAAUGAAAACAUUAUAUCGUUCAUAUCAACAGCUAGUCAAUUUAAUGGUUAAUUAUUUUAAUCCAGAAAUAUUAAUGUCAUCACAUCGUCGAUCGAUAGAACAGGCACAAGAAUGGAUACGUUCCAAAAAUGAUAAGAUAGCCAAAAAUGCUCGUAUUGCUUGUGGUUCAUUAAAAAGAUAUUUUCGAAGUGCCGCCGGUAUAAUUAUAUCUGCCAAUACAAAUAAUGGUAACACUGGUGAAAACGCCUACGAUUUUUAUAAUUAUUCAACAACAACAACAACAACAUCGCCAAAUGAUGAUUUAACCGACGAUGAUAACACUGGCAGCAAUGUUCAUGGAUUCAGUCUUUAUGUUUCUAUACAAUCAAUGGCUCAUCUAUUUGCUAAACAUAAAGAUAUGUUUGCCGAUUUGGAUGGUAAAAUGUGUGCCCAAUACAAUAAUAAUGAUCAAAAUUGUUGGAAUGGUACCAAUAUGGUUAGUUCAUAUCAAGCUAGACAACAAGACCGGCAACAACAUCAAUCAUUAUCAAUGAAUAGUGGACAUCAUCGUAAUCAUAAUCAAAAUGUCAGUGAUAAUGAUAUGAUUAUUACAUUACAUGAUCGUGUUAAAAAAUCGGAAACAACCAUAAAAGAAUUGCUUAUCCAUAAUCAACGUUCAUCAAAAUUUAUUAAUAGUCAAUCAACAGCAAAUGAUGAUCAUCAAUUACUUAUUGAUAGAAAUGAUAACCAUUUUGAUGACGAUGAUGAUGAUGAUGAUUUAAAUGGUCAUGAUGGUAGUGGUGAUAGUAGUGGAAUGAAUCCAAUAAUGCCUGAUGAUGAAGAUUACAAUUAUCAAGAUGGUUCUGGUCAUUUACCACGAUUAUCCAUUAAUCAUGACCAACAACCAAAUAAUAUGGAUGAUGAUGAUGAUGAUGAUUCAACAACAAAUACUGGCGAUAUAAUGAUUGAUCCAAUCACCAAAAAGUUAAUCAAGUAAUCACUACUACAACUACCACAAAUACCAAACAUCAAUAUUCGGAUAGUUCAGCUAAACGAUUUGCUAUGCCCGCCAACAGCCUUCUAUUUGGAUCCAUCUUAUUAACCACCAUAUCAUCAUAUUAUCUAUUGUUAUUCACCACUUCAUAGAUUGAUUGUCAAAUUCUGUUGUUAAUUCUGUUUUUUUUUUGUGGUGAAAAACACUGUGAUAUCACUUUUUGUAUAUAAUGAUUUUCUAAUUUCCUUUUUUUUCUGCCUUUUUAUCCAUUUUUUUUUUUUUU